UUUUAAUUGAAAAUGAUAAGGAAUGAUCCACUGAUAACCUUUGGGUCCAUCAAAAUAAUUGAUGGGCUGUUCGUCACUGAUGAAAUAGCUGCUGGAGAUUUGGAAUUCAUAUCGACCAACAAAGUGACCAGGAUAAUUAACUGUUGCUGCAAGCAAAUCCCAAACCAUUGGUCAUCCAUCGGUAUCAAAUACCUCUCAUUUCACUGGAGAGAAAAUGAAAUCGUCAAAAUAAAGGAAGAGACCAUGACUAAGAUCUAUGAUUUCAUCAAUAUGAGCCUGAAGAAGUCCGAAUGCGUCCUUGUCCACUGCAUCAAUAACGAAAGUGUGCUCUACCUGAUUGCAGGUAUAUUCCUGAUGCUUAAGUUCAAAUGGUCAGUGAACAAGGCCAUCCAAUACUUGUGAAUCAAGCAGCCUUGCUUCUACAUUGUGCCUCAGUAUCAUAAGAGCCUCCAGAAAUUGGAGCACAUCAUGCGAGCCAAAUACCGCGAAGAUGUCUCUGAAGAAUGGGAUCUCCAAAAGAUCAAGACUAAAGAAGAAAUGGUUAUCACCAAUACUUACAUUAACACAAGAAUUCUCAUGGAAGAAGCCAAUCAAGAGAACAUUAAGGAAGAAGAGAAGGAUACAAAUACUUUUAGAGAGCAACUGCAGGCCAAUGUGCCACCAAAUAACAGAAAUAUAGGCCAGAAAUCCUCUACUUACAACAAUGAGAUCAAGGCUACUAAGCCUACAACACGCAUUAAAUUCAAGGAAGAGAUCAAGACUAUAAUCCACAGUCCAUUAGAGGAACCAAACCUGGCAAAAAGGGUGAAAAAUUUACCUGAGGUAAAUUGCCAUCGUGAAGAAACUGCCCUCUCAUCCAUCCUUUGCAAUAAGGAGAAAGUGUUAAAGCCGAUCCCGGUGAUGCCAUCCCAAAAGAUGUCUAACAAAAAUAAGAACAAUUCCUUCAUCGGAGGUGUUGGCAUAGGCUUAAGGAAGAUCAAUGAAAGCUUGGAGCAGGAUCCAUCCUCCAAACUCUAUCAAAAUGACUCAACCCCAAAAGAAACCAAAACUAAUAAAGCAAAGAAACGGGUCAAAAGUGCCAGACCCAAAGACAAGAAAGACAAGAUGAAGUCCAAGAAGGAUUCUAAUAAAUACGAUUAUAUUCCUGGUUUCCAGCCGCAUGCUUAUCUUCAGGAAUCGAGGCCCCUCAAGAAGGGUAAAAAGAAGCCAUCUAGUGAGAAAGGUGAGAGGAAAAAGAAGUCUCAGGCUACUACUGCGAAGCAGAAGAACAACUUCUUCCAGCCUACCAAGGGGAAGAUGUCCCUGAAUCCAUCAACAAAUGAGUUUCAAAAUAUCUUGAACAAGAGUGGCCUGUCCGAUAUUGAUAUGACAAAGAAAUUCUUGCUAAAUAAAAUUGCUAACAAUGAAACUGAUGCUGACAAGUACAUGAAAUUUAUAGAAGCCAAAAAUAGGAAGAAUGCACCUGAUGAAGAAGCCAAGGAGAUCAAAGGCAAGAAGAAGAACUCUAAAACCGGCCCUGUUGUCAAUGUGAAUUAUAACUCGUACAUAAGAAUUGGAGCGUACCCUCCUCCAGUUAUCAAUACGUUAAUUGUGAAUGGCAAUAACUACAUAAAUCAUGGCAAUCCCCAUGCCAAUAAGAACUUCGCAGAAGGUGGCAAAAACCAGAAGUCAAAGAUCCUUGCUUCCUCUGGCUCGAGUAAAACCAAAACUAAAGCAAGACCUUCCUCAGGGGCUCAAGCGAAGGUGAGGCAGCAAUACGGCUCUGUUAACACCAGAUCUUCUAAAAUAAAGGAACCUGCCUCUAGCAAGAAGCCGCAGGAUGCUUUCAAUCUUGUCCCAUUUAGUGUGGGGCAGAAGAAUAAACUAACCACUCCAACAAAUCAGAGAGAUAAGCCUAAAAAAUUCAAGAAAUCUAAAUAGAUUUGAUUUUAAUUUUUCAAUUCAC